AAGGCAGAAUACGAUAGUGUUUCAGGGCAAUCAUGAGAGCGUUGAAUCAGCGAAAUCAAAACUUAUAUCGAUUGCAAACAAACAUGUAAACAAAGAGGCUACAUCGAUCGCGGUGAGUGAACAGUUAUUUGAUGAGGUGGACCUGCAAGUGCGUGGAUUGGAGCCGUGUUGUGAAGAAUUUCUGAGAGUUGAUUAUGAUGGUCCAGAUCGGCGGGAGCAAGACCUGAGCGUAACUUUAGUGGUUAAUGAAGAGGGCCAGACUGAAUAUACGUCGAGUUUAAUAAAUGGUUUAUUGACUCUGUCUGCAUGUGCGUGUACAUGUAGUCAAGGUGAAAUUAUUGCAGAAAUAGAGGGUAUUAAACUAGAUUUGGCGAUCUUUAAGUCGCAGUCUUGUUUUGGUACAGAUGAUCAAUAUGAUUCUUUGCAAUCUAACAUUAAGUCAUUGCAAUCUACACAGAAAUCCCUUAAAAAUAUUAUUAAAACUCAAGACGAGACAAUAAAUUCACUUCAACAAGAAAUAUUUGUAUUUAAGUCCAAGCUUUUGUCCUUGGAAACGCUAUUGUUUAAUGAUAAUCCUCAAUUGAAUGCUUCACUUGAUCUUGAUAGCCAGAUACAAUGCACUGUGAAAGUAAAUCCCCAAGGGUCCAAUAAUGAUGUUGGAAAGAGUAAUUGCGAAAUGCUAUUACCCACGCACUCGAAUAAUAAUCAGUCUACCAACGAAAAUCAACCAUCUGAAAAUUGUAAGACGAUUUGUAGUUCGCCAAAAAGUUCUCUUAAUAUCAAUGCUAAUGUCCCUGCCCCACUUGUGAGUAAUGGUGUUGCUAUCCCACCUGCGAGUAGUGCAGACUUGAUGCCAAAAAGUUCUCUUGAUGUAGAAGUUAAUAUCCCUGUCCCAACUGUGAGCGAUGCAAACUCACCACCAACCAGAGUGAUGCAAGUUCCCAAAAAUGAAACGCCUUGUCCGUUUAUUUUGUGGCGUGGUUGGUGCUUAAAAGGUGAACAGUGCGACUUUUCUCAUCGAAAUAUGGUUAAUAAUGAUCAAGCUCGCCAGCAUUCCAACGAUAAAAAAGGCUCCAUAUUUUGUCCGUUUCUACGUAAGAAGGGCUAUUGUUUGAAAGAAUCCAGAUGUGAUUUUUCCCAUGUCGAACCCUAUUCGUAUCCAACUGGAAAUCAUCCGGUAACAAAUGAUAACUUACAAUGCCCCCAAUUACAUCCUUUUUUCGGAAGUCACGACCUACAAAAUAUUCUGACUUUGAUGCGCCAACUCGAAACAAGAUUGCAGAGUCUCGAGUAUGCUCAAAUACCUCACCCCCCUUAUCACCGGUAUUCAGUGUCUCAACCGCUGUUCCCUCCACCAAAAUCAAUGUAUUCACGACCACUAAUGAUGACCCCAGUUCAUCCCCCUCAGUAUUUACGUCGCCCACGCGACAAAAUGAACGAGCAGUAUCCCCCAAAUUACCUUCUGCGCCCACGCGACAUAACGAACAAGCAGUAUCCCCCAAAUUAUCUUCCGAGGCCAUGGUUACCCCAACCCUGGCCAACACACCCACCAUUUCCACGUCGUAUGUAGCUCGUGAUAACAAUUUCCCGCUCCCUACCCUACUGGUGGCCAAUGUCCGUUCUAUAAUUAAUAAAAUAGACGAACUAGAGUUGGUAGCUCAAAUUAACCAAGUUGAGGUCAUAUGCAUUACUGAAUCUUGGCUUAACACCUCUGUUGUGGACUCAAUGAUUUCGUUAUCGAACUUCAUCCAAUUCAGAAAUGAUCGCACAUACUCCUGCGGUGGCGGCGUUUCCAUUUAUAUUAAAGAAGAAAUUUACUGUAGGAGGCUCGAGCAUUUCGAGGAUUCAGCCAUUGAAUCCCUAUGGUUACUACUUAGACCUAAGCGUUUACCAAGAUCUAUAUCCGCUCUUCUACUUGCAGUCAUUUAUCACACCACCUCCUCCGGCGCCUACGAGAACUUUGAACUGUACAACCAUAUCCAGCGUAAUGUUGAAUCCUUCCUUUCUCUGCAUCCUGAUGGUCUUGUUUUUGUGACUGGGGAUUUUAACCCUGUCAGUACAUUAUUUGAUGAAAAACGGUUGAAAAGAUUGUCCUGCUUAACUCAAAUUAUUAAAGUUCCAACACGUCCUAACGCCAUCUUGGAUUGGUGUCUCACAAAUGCCAAGAAAGUCGUUUUUGAUGUAAGCCAGCUUCCUUCUAUUGGCUCGAGCGACCAUAAUGCCAUUUUAAUAAAACCCCAUAAAGAUCGUCUGGAGAAUUCGUGUAAUAAACGAGUAUACAAAAGAGAUUUAAGAAAUAGCAGUAUAAGACAUUUUGGUCAGACUAUUACAUCUACCGAUUGGACGGGGAUAAUCGAUAUUCCUGAUCCUAACUUGAAGUACCGGAGAUUUAAUGAGGUAGUUUCUGCAAUGAUGGAUUGUUUUUUCCCAAAUAAACCAGCUAGUGUUAGGGAAUCUGAUAAACCAUGGAUGACGUCAUCGCUUAAGUCCAAGCAUAUUGAUUUUGGCGCAAUAAAGUUCAACGGGAUGUUAAAGUGGCACGUAGAAAGUACUAUGCAAAUUCCCACCUGUGAGGACCUUGCUGAGUAA